GGAUGAAAGGCGGUGGGGGAUGGAGAGAGGAAGCAGCGCGCUGCUCCGCAGGGGCGGCGGAGAGGCUAUAGUUAAUAUAAGAGUAGCUGAGCCAGUCCUGUCACUACUGGCAGUGGCCUAGAGGAUGCCUAGAAAAUAGCCAGCACGUGGUGAUUGCUGCUUGGGAGGAUCUGCUUGUUCUGAAGGUGUGAGACACUCAGAGUUCCUGAAUGACGCGCAGAGACCCAAGUAUGUCACAGGAACCCCUGCAAGGGUGUUCUACUGCAGAGAAACAAAGACUGCAAUCUCAAGCAUCUACUUUGAAGGCACCCAGGAAACAUACCAACUUAAUGUAGCCAGGAUCUGCAUUACUAUCCCUAAGAAGACUUAAAUCUUUGGAACUUAGAAGAAAAACUAUUCUGUGCAGCAUGAUAAACCUGUCAGGAAACAGAAGACAAAGUCCUAUCUGAUCUAAGGUUGUGGAAAGCUUUCCAACUCACAAGAUAAGAAUUUAAUGGGGGAAUUAACAGACAGAGAAGGAGAAAAAGAGGAAAAAAGUGCAUAAUGAGAACUGUGCUCAUAACAUAUAGAAAGACUGUACAGCAUCGUGUCCAUGAACUUCCAGGGUUCGCAUUAAAAUCUGACAGAACAUCAGAGUGCCAGAAGCUUCUCAUAUUGUGGCUCUGGAGAUAUGUGAUUUCUUCAUGGAAUGGGGAGCCAGCUGAAAAUGAGCGAUAAAUAGGAUGAGAAAAGAACUCUAACAUCAAAAACAUAAAGGUAGGAAGUUUGCAAACCAUCUGGGAAGCUGGGGCUGCCUUUCUGUUAGUGGUGGUUUUCCCAUUUGCAACAAGUGAAUUUGCAUCACUCCUGCCUUCAGGCUCUGACUGCCUUGCCUGGCAGGGUUGGGCUGCACCAGAGGUCAUCACAAAAUAUUUCUUCGUCCUGUGCUCCGGGUGAGACACUGAGCAUCACCGUCCUCGUGAGCAGGACAGGAGUGUUAUGGGCGGGUGGCACAGCCCCACCAGCUCUGUGUCCAUCACAGGAGUGGCAGUGCUGUGGCCUCACCCACUGGCACAGCAUUGAAUUGGGAAAGGAUGGAAUGGGGGGAGGUGCUGUGGUUUGCAGCUAUCAGCUAAGACAGCAUCAACAGUACCAAAUAAAUAAAUGAGGGCAUGGAAAUGCAUGAAUAGAGGGAGAUAGAAAAUACAUCCAUGAAUUUUUUUGUUUUGUUUUCAGUGUCCAUUGAGAACAGUUGCAUGCACACACUAAGUUUUGUUACAUUUGUAAAAACGUGUAAAUACCUGUAUCUGCUAUCAAACUACUGCAUCCACAUGGAAACCAGAUGCAGAAUUUGAAUAUUCAGACCAGAAAGCGGGCUUCCCUCCGCCUCCCCACCCAUAACCUGUUUGUGAAUGUUCUAACUGUGCUGUUAGCUCAGUUAUAAACUGCAUCAACCGUACCUGCAGCCCUGCUGUGUGCUGAGGUGGGUAUGGACUGAGCCAGCCGGCUCACCCUCCAAGCAGGUGAGGGUGAGGACUGUGAAUCACCUCGUGCUUUUCUCUUUCUCUCAUGUUGGUUUUUGCGUGCCUGUUUGUGUUUGAAAGCUACUGCUGCUUUCACACUGCUUACCGUCUUCGUUUGCUUCUAGUGAGCGAUCUUAAUGCCUCAGAAUUCCUUAGGCAAUUUGCAUCUCCCCGUAGCACCCGCUUUAGUCCCUCAGGCAGCAGCUCGACACGGACCCCGUUUGCCAUCACCUGCGUUGCGCCCCGGAAGGAGCUGCUGCGGUGCCCGUGCGAAUGGCAUUGCGGUACCUGCGGACGAGCUGAGCACCAAUCCUCAUCCUGCUAACCUGGGAGCAGAGCAGUCCAGCCGGCACAGGCAGCGCCCUCUGGUGGCGGAACACGCGAAGCGCAGCCGCAGCUCCAGCCCAGCGUCAGCUGCAUGCAGCUCGCUGCGGGCAGCAGUCCCUACCCACUGCUUCUAUGGCAUCUCUGUCAACACAUCUGAGCACCUGCAGCUGCUUUCCCAGAGCCAAGGAAGAACCACUGCCAACAACAGCCCUCUGCUGACAGAUGUUUACCGAAUCCAGCAGAACUACAGCAAACGUUUCCUUGAAUUCUCCAGAGAAAAGAGGGCCCAAAAACACGCAUCUCAGCAAGCCAAAAAGGAGGAGGUGAAUGUAGGAAAAGCUGGCCAAACUGAAGGGAGAAGGACAAUAGCUACAUGUUGGACAAAACCACACUCUCACUGGUACCUGAUAUCAGAGAAACCCUGGAGUUGAUCUCCAGAGGAGGAAGUUCUACCUGCAUUGCGUCAACUGGAGCUGCAUAGUCACUUUCCAGUUCAUUGUCAUCUUCUUCCACCAGCUCCAGUUUGUCCAAAGCAACAAAAACCCCACAAUCCUCAUCACAUCUGAAAAGCUGCUUGCCUUGGUACUGUCCAUCAGUAAAGCCCUGGCCACGACCUUCUUCCUAAGUAACAGAGGGAGAAGAAGAAAGAAAAACAGUGUAUUUUGUGCCAAUGCAGGCUACUUCAGAAACAGUAAAAUAAUCCACUGAUCUGGAGAACCCACAGUAUGAAUUAGCCUGAUGAACUAUCACUGCACUGGGAGAAGUUGUCAGAAUUUGCAACAAAUACACACACUGUCUACCCUAAGGGAUUAAAUGGCAGAAAGCUUGGCAAAGAAUGUAUUCUUCAGCUGCAGAUUUUGCUUUUAUUAUCAAACUUUUGCCAGAUCAAGGUGAGAUUACUUCAUACUAAACACAAAUGUUAAGAAAUCAAAUGAAGAGAGAUGAUUUUCAUACGUGCUCAGGCCUGACGUUCCCUGAGGUUCUUACUAGCAACUGCAAAAAGCGUGGAAACUUUGAAAAAUAUAUUCCUAGAACAAGAGUAGCACUUUCCUCAAUCGAAUCCUUCAAUGUCUCAUGCCACUGCAGCACAGUAAUGCCUCACUGAAGCACACAAUGGUCACACUUUCUCUCUUAACUAGCUGCAAUUGGAAUUUUUGUGCUCUGCAAGAGCACUGAAAUCUAGUCUGCACUACAGAUUGUAUCCAGGCACUGCUGACACACACAGAAAACCAAGGUACCCAACAGAAAGCUGAGAGUCAGAAGUUUGCCUUGAUGGAAACGUAAGGUAUUAACUCUUCCUAGACUAGAAGAGUCAGAAUAUGUUCAAGUCUUUCUGCUAGCUCCCGUGUCUUCAUUAAAGGCAUAGCAUACAAGGCUGAUGUGACAUGCUGUGAUCUCACAGGUCACGUAUAUUUGAUACACAGCUCUUACUUUUGAUUUUUAUGAAAAGCCUGAA